GACAAGGGAAGAAAUCCCUAUAUAAAGGAACUUAGCCUUGCUUCUACUUGUUAUAUGUCCAAAAACUCAAGUUAGAUAUCAACAACAAAAAAAACAUACUCCCUCCUCUCUCUCUCUCAAACCUCCUAAGUCUUGAGUUUUGGACAUUUUACCAUGGCCGAGGCUAACAAUGGUGCAUUACGUCCUGCUAAGAACAAGUGGAACAUACCACUUUCUGUAUUCUUCAAAGAUGCAAGGCUUGUCUUCAAGAUGGAUUCAUUGGGGUUAGAGAUAUUAAGAAUUGCAAUCCCAGCAGCUUUGGCUUUAGCUGCGGAUCCUGUUGCAUCUCUCAUCGAUACCGUCUUUAUCGGCCAUAUUGGUGCGGUGGAGCUUGCAGCAGUUGGAGUUUCUAUAGCAAUCUUCAACCAAGCAUCCAAAAUUACUAUAUAUCCACUUGUUAGCAUUACUACUUCAUUCGUUGCUCAAGAAGAGACAAUUGAGAAAAUGAGUGCACAAGAGCUAAAUCAAGUAGCCGAGGCAUCUCCUCAUCAACUCGGUGACUCCGUCGAGAUGAUGUCGCAAGAUGAUGUUUUAGGGAAACUAGAGGAGGGAUCUACUACAAUAAUUAACAAAGAUGAUUGCCUUCCCAAACAAGAUCAGAAAACAAAGGAGUUAGCAAUAAGUAGUCCUGAGAAGGUUGAAGUAGGAGGAAAGCGGCAUAUUCCAUCAGCUUCAACUGCAUUGUUUCUCGGAUUGUUCCUAGGUCUUUGUCAAACCAUAUUCCUCUUCUUUGGGGCUAAAAUGCUUUUACAAAUCAUGGGUGUAAAACAUGAUUCCCCGAUGCUAAAACCAGCUCUUAGGUAUUUAACACUGAGAUCCUUUGGUGCUCCUGCUGUGCUUCUUUCACUAGCAAUGCAAGGUGUCUUUCGAGGUUUUAAAGAUACAACAACUCCCCUUUAUGCAACUGUUGCAGCAGAUGGUGCAAAUAUAGUACUGGAUGCAGUUCUCAUAUUCGGAUGCCAUUUGGGUGUAAGUGGUGCAGCAAUUGCUCAUGUGCUCUCACAGUACUUAAUGUCAUUUAUACUGUUAUGGAGGUUGACGAGGGAAGUUUAUCUGUUGCCUCCUAGUCUAAAAGAACUGCAGUUGGGUAGAUUUCUCAAAAAUGGUUUAUAUCUGUUCACAAGAGUGAUAGCCGUCACUUUUUGUGUCACCUUGGCCGCAUCUAUGGCUGCAAGACUGGGUGCAACUCCCAUGGCUGCAUUCCAGAUCUGCCUACAAGUAUGGUUGGCUUCAUCUCUUAUGGCUGAUGGCUUAGCAGUAGCUGGUCAGGCAAUCUUGGCAAGUGCAUUUGCUGAGAAGAAUUAUGAGAAGGCAACUGCUGCAGCUUCCAGGGUACUACAGAUGGGAUUUGUCCUUGGGUUGGGCUUGGCCGUUGUCGUUGGACUCGGUUUGCAGUUUGGAGCUGGAAUAUUUUCCAACAACGUGAAUGUUCUUGGUCUCAUUAGCGUAGGAGUACCGUUCGUAGCAGGCACACAACCAAUUAACUCCUUAUCUUUUGUGUUUGAUGGUGUAAACUUCGGAGCAUCUGAUUUUGCUUAUUCUGCAUAUUCCAUGGUUCUGGUGGCUAUUGCAAGUGUUACAUCACUGUUUCUGCUAUACAAAAGCUAUGGAUUUAUAGGAAUCUGGAUUGCUUUAACCAUCUACAUGGCUCUGCGUACCCUUGCUGGGAUUUGGAGGAUGGGAACAGGGACAGGACCAUGGCGCUUUCUCAGAAGCCCGUCUCUUUCCUGAUAACUUUAAUCUCCCUUUAUAGAAGGGCCAUUCGCUUCUAAGGGGAAUGAAAUAUGAGCUCCUGCAUUGGCGUUCACCACUCACCAGUCACCGCGACCAAUGUCAUUUUUCUUACUAACUAGUGGAGUACUUUCUCUUCGGGAUCUUUUAAAGGGGGUACCUUGUCUACAAUGUUUGGAGAAGUAGACAUCUGAUUACAAUAAGCUCGCAUCUCCUAAGUCCUAAGUCCUAACCCAGAUUCAGGGAUCCCGCCUGAGUUGUCGGUCGGUCGUUGUUGUUGUAGAAUAAUGCAGUACUUCUAUUAUGAGAAGGGGCAUACCAUAACAUGUAAUUGUUGCUAUAAUCAAAUUAUCAAUGCGGUUGUAAUGCUAUUAUUAUGAAUAUAAACAGCACCAUUUCUUAAAA